AUGCAACACCUCCAAGAGAUGGAGACUCGUCUCGAUCAGCUCAUCUCGGAAAAUCGCUUGCUCAUGUCAGCUCGCGAUGAAGCUGAAGACAAAUUGCGCAAUGCCAGUGUCGCUCGACGAAAGAGCGAUCGCGCUCUCAACUCCAGCGGUGCGGAUUUGCGCGACAGAGAAGCCGAGGUGGAGCAGCUCAAGAACUCUGUGGAGUGGUUGCAACGGGAGAUGAGCCGUCUGACCCAAGAAAAUGAAGGUCUCACUGCCUCCAACGCCGCGCUUGCGGCCGCACAUGCUGAUGAGGUUAUGAAAGUUCGCGAGACCUCCACACGAGAACUGGAAGACUUACGGUCGCAGCAUGACACGCUGUCCACGCAAAUGGACGCGCGUGUCAGACAAGAGAUUGAAUCGGCGCUCGCUCAAAAGGACGCUGAGCUGCGACGUCUUCGUGAAGAGCUAGAGGAAGCUCGCGACAAAGUCAAAGAGCUGCAACAGCAAAUUGCCUCUUCUCUUCAGAAUGAUACGCUGGUAUUCCGUGACGAGGAUUACUUUGACGCUGCCUGCCAGAAGCUCUGUGGUCAUGUCCAGCAGUGGGUCCUUCGCUUCUCCAAAUACUCUGAUCACCGCCGCUGCCGUGCUCUGAGCGAGCUCCGGGAUGAAAAGAUUGCCGACCGAUUUGACAAUGCCCUUCUCGACGGCUCCGAUGCAGACACUUACCUAUCCGAUCGUGUUCGCCGUCGUGAUGUGUUUAUGUCGGUGGUCAUGACCAUGGUGUGGGAGUACAUCUUCACCCGCUACCUCUUUGGCAUGGACCGCGAGCAGCGCCAGAAACUCAAGUCCCUCGAGAAGCAACUCAGCGAAGUUGGUCCCCGUCGUGCUGUUCACCGAUGGCGAGCAACAACCCUGACACUUCUCUCCAAACGCCCUGCAUUCGCAGCCCAGCGUCAAAAUGACACUGAAGCCGUCGCCCAGGAGAUCUUCAGUACAUUAUCCCGUGUGCUUCCACCCCCGUCACAGGUCGAGGCCCAACUAUUAGAGUCUUUGCGCAAGGUUCUACGUGUUGCUGUCAACCUCUCUCUGGAGAUGCGUACGCAGCUUGCCGAGUUCAUCAUGCUGCCCCCACUGCAGCCCGAGUACGACACCAAUGGCGACCUGGCUCGCCAAGUCUUCUUCAACGCGUCUCUGAUGAAUGAACGUAGUGGCGAGACUACCUCAAACGAUGAGCUCGAGGCCCAACAAGCCGUCGUGCGUAUCGUGCUCUUCCCCCUCGUUGUCAAAAAGGGCAACGACGUUGGCGAAGGCGACGACGAAGUGGUCGUCUGUCCCGCGCAGGUUCUUAUCGCUCGUCCUGGCAAGGAUAAGCGCGUUUCCAAGAUGACUAGUGGUGACCGCAUGUCCGUGGAUGGGCGCUCGAUUUACAGUGCUGCCCCUAGCAUGGCCCCUCCCUCGGUGAUGGACAUGAGUAACGUGAUCUGA